AUGUCCAACUCCACUGCCCACGAAGUAGUGAUUCUAGGUGGGAACUUCGGCGGAGUCAACGCCGUUCACCAAUUGCUUCGUCAAACUUUACCUCAACUCCAUCGUCUCGAUCAAACAAAAUCCUAUCACAUCACACUCGUCACCCCCAAUACAUCAUUUUUCUUCAAGAUCGCCAGUCCACGAGCUCUCAUCAAUGGAACUCUGAUUCCCCAUGAAAAGAUAUUCGUACCAUUGUCCGAGGCCUUUUCAAGAUAUGACGCCUCGCAAUUCGAAUUAAUCCAAGGUGUGGCUUCAGCUUUGGACCCCGCAACGCGAACAGUCACCAUAUCAACAGGCAAUGGAACUACAGAAACAACGCGACAAGUCCACUACGACUCUCUCAUCAUCUCCACAGGUACAACCUCCAAAUCCCCGCUCUGGACACUCCACGGUUCAGAAUCACACACAAAAACCGCGUUGAGUGCAUUACACACUGCUCUCCCCAACGCAAAGACUGUGCUCGUAGCCGGAGGCGGCGCAGCUGGAGUUGAAACUGCAGGCGAAAUUGCAACAAAUUAUCCAAAUUGUAAGGUUACACUUCUCUCUGGUGCAAACAGAGUUCUUUCGAGAGUCAAACCGGCGACCAGUGCACGAGCCCAAGAUUAUCUCGAAAAUAUUGUUCACGUCGAUGUUAUCAAUGAUGUACGCAUUGAAAGCACAAACCCUGCUGAGCCUGGUAUUUCCCCUACUACUUUGACUCUCAGCGAUGGUAGUAAACGCGAUGUCGAUAUCUACAUUGACGCUACUGGAGGAACACCUAACAGUGAAUUCCUAUCGAAAUCGUGGCUCGAUGAAUCAGGACGCGUCAUCGCACGUGAUGCCUAUUUCCGCGUCAAGGGAAAUGGUUCGGACGAUGUGACGGGUAUCUACGUAUUAGGAGAUAUCGUAGCCGGAAGUUCCAAUUCGGCCUUGGAAAUGGACCCUAUGCUCGCAACACUCUGUUCUUCUCUCGCAGUAGAUAUUGCCACCGAUCUCGGCAUCAAGAAGCCUGCGGAGCCCGCGCCUGGAUUGUUGGGCUCAGUAUGGAAAAUGAUUGCUGGGGGUUCUGGAACUGGAUAUCCCGUACAACAGGAAUUCAAACCGAUGAAAGAAACUAUCUUCGUACCCAUCGGAAAUGGAGGCGGUGUUGGACAGAUUUUUGGUUGGAGAAUUCCUAGUUUGAUGGUGAAAGUUGGUAAAGGCAAAUCCUACUUGAUAGAGCUUGUCGGACCAAUGAUUUCGGGGGAGAAAUUCAAGAAGGCUUAA